AUGAAGGGCCAAUGCUCUCCUUUCGUGCUUCUCGCCGUAUUGGGAGGCCUGGGGAGCAGCCCCGGGUACGCGACGCAUGUCACUAGACGUGGCGUCGACAACCCCAGUGCCGAAGACUACAUUCGACGCUCGUGCCAUGCAGUUACCGUCAUUGGCGACUAUGUCUACAUAGAUGGCGGCAUGGUAACGGAGCGGGUCAACAGCAGCGAUCCGGGCGCCAGUCCCUCCUAUGCCGUGAACUCGACCUUGUCGAUCAGCCUAAAAGAGUCAUGGACCAACGAGACGGUUGAACUGCGCUCCAUCCCCAAAACGGCACCACUGCUGAGCAAGCAGAUUCACUGGACCGAUCCGUCGACCAGCAGCUUCUACACCUGGGGCGGCAUGAGCAACACCGGCUCGCCACCCAGUAACGAGCUAUGGCGACUAGCUGCCGACGGCGAGGGUGGUGGCGCCUGGUCGCCGGUCUCGCAACAGGACUAUCGCGACUUCUCGCAGCUGACACGGCCUAUGGGCGCGGCCUUCGCCCAGAGUGGCGACGUGGGCUAUGCACUCGGGGGCGUCGCCACAUCGUUGACGGACUCCGACAUCCACAAAGAGAACCCGGGAUAUGCACUGACGGGACUGGUGUCCUACAACUUCCAGACGGGCACGUGGACCAACACCUCGUCUGCGCAUUACGGCGGGUACGGGACCAGCCUAAACGCGCGAGCUGAGUACGUGCCAUUAGGGCCGAACGGGUUAUUACUUUUUCUAGGCGGCGCCGAAACGCCUGUCGAUGCCACCAAUGAAACAAUUGUCCAGGUUACGUGGAACUCGUUGACGAUGGUGGACCCUGUGACGGGCGAGUGGUUUACACAGGGCACCACGGGUGUGAGACCCCCUACAACUGAGUCGGCGUGUAGCGUUGGGGCUCUGGGACCAAAUGGGACUUAUGAGAUCUUCAUCUAUGGCGGCGUGUCAGACCAAUUAAGCAGCACAUCCUCGGACGUGCACAUUCUCUCGCUCCCAGGCUUCAACUUCUUCAAGGCCAACACCGAAGACGGGACGCCGCGGUCCGACCACGGGUGCGCCGUCGUGGGCCGGCGCCAGAUGCUCUCGGUCGGCGGGGUCGACGGCGCGAACCGCACCUACACUCCACCCACGACGGCCGACCCCUGGGCGCAAGGGCUCGGCAUUUUUGAUAUGACAGCCCUGCAGUGGACCGACUCUUUCGAUCCCAACGCCGCCGCAUACGACACCCCGGACACGGUCAAGGACUGGUACGCAGCCGGCGGCCUUAACGGCGUCCAGUGGGCCGCCCCCGCGUUGCAGGCGCUCUUUGUGAACGGGAGCACGAGCGCGCUGAGCAACACGACGGACGGCAAUAUCACAGACGCAUCAGCGACCACCGGCACGCCAACAAGCACGAUUGUCGGAGGUGCCGUGGGCGGCGCCGUCGGGGCCGCGUUUCUAGGCAUGGCGACCUUCUUUCUGAUGAGGAGGCGGCGGCAAAGGCAGCAGAAGCAGCAUAAGAACAAGAAAAACAGCCGCGAGAAAAUGGUGGAGGUCGACGACGGCAUCGCCGAGUACCGGCCCGACCCGUGGCCCAAGGAAGGUCACGGCGCAGGUGGAGGCCACCCGCACCCGCGAUACAUGUCGCCCGUGUCGGGAAUCACGGAAGGCACGGCCGUCGAGGCGUACGGAGUGGAUUAUGUGGGCGGAGGAGGCGGGUUCGGGCCCGGGGGCGGUUGUGGUAGUGCCGAGUGGGAGUGGAGGGGCGAGCUGCCGGACCAUGAGACCGGAUGGCAUACCGAACUGCAGGGCUCGGAGGUCAAACUUCACAGGCCUGGUGGUGCUGGGGUUGAUGGUGCGGUCGUGAGGGAGGUGGAGCUGCCCGGUGUGGAUGUCGAGCGUACGUAUGAGCUGCCGGCGCCGAUACCAGGUCCCCGGCAUGAGCUACCGGAUCGGAAAUAUACAUCUUAA